AAGCCGUUCAUCGAUCCACACAGUUCCUAUUUAAGAACCGCGCCACUAACAAGCUGCAGUAAACCCAACACACUGCACUUGUCUGAUCACUUGUCAGCUGUUUGUUUCUGCACUCUGUCGACCGUCGGGCUCCGUGUCGAUCGAACAAACACCAUGACAAUGGAGGCGUCCAAAUCUCUACCCGCCUUCCUCGCCCUCGCCGUCGCCGCCGCGCUGAUGUUCCUCGCGCCGGCCUCCGCUGGCUGGUCCCAGGGCUCGGCCACGUUCUACGGAGGCAGCGACGCCUCCGGCACCAUGGGCGGCGCGUGCGGGUACGGCAACCUGUACUUUACGGGGUACGGCAAGAGCACGGCGGCGCUGAGCGUGGCGAUGUUCAACGACGGCGCGUCGUGCGGGCAGUGCUACCAGAUCAGCUGCGACUACCAGACGAACCCGCAGUGGUGCCGGCAGGGCACCAGCGUGACCAUCACGGCCACAAACCUCUGCCCGGCCAACUACGCGCUCCCCAGCAACAACGGCGGCUGGUGCAACCCGCCGCGGGCGCACUUCGACAUGGCGGAGCCGGCGUGGCUGCAGAUCGGGGUGUACCAGGGCGGCUACAUCCCGGUGCUGUACCAGCGGGUGUCCUGCGUGAAGCAAGGAGGGGUGCGCUUCACGGUGACGGGGAAGAACUACUUCGAGCUGGUGCUCGUCAGCAACGUCGGCGGGAGCGGGUCCGUGCAGGCCAUGUGGGCCAAGAGCGCCAACACGGGGCAGGUGGCCAUGAGCAGGAACUGGGGCGCCAACUGGCAGUGCCUGGCAGGGCUCGUUGGUCAGGCCAUCACCUUCGGCGUCACCACCACCGGCGGCCAGACCAUCGUCUUCCAGAACGUCGUGCCGGCCAGCUGGAGCUUCGGCAUGUCCUUCAUCAGCAACCUGCAGUUCACAUACUGACCACUGCACGACCGUACGUGCUACGGUAUAUCAUCCGUCGGACUUGGUAGUUUGUUAGGGGAUCGAGCAUAGAGAGCUACGGCUGCUAGUGCUAGCUAGCUUGUUGCUGCAUGGUGUUGACUUUCUGUGCGUAAUUUGACUCGGAAUUCUAGCGGGGGCACGUCCCCUGCUCUGUCUUCUCAAGCGGCCGCUGACUCGCUCGCAGCCUCGCACGCUUCGGAUCGAUGCGUUUUUUUUUCUUGAGAACGCUUCGGAUCGAUGCUAGUCAUGCCAGAUCUUCCUGGGCUUAUUACGUUACCUUCUGUGUUGGGCCUAUUGGGCUGCGCUGGUCUGAUUUUGUUGUAUGCAUGCAUUGUCCUGAA